AUGUGUCACGACCACUUCUUUGUCGAACUAGGGCCAUUGAUUAAUUUUAUCGUCGGGAAAAAUGGCAGCGGCAAGAGCGCAGUGCUAACAGCUAUAACUCUCUGUCUGGGUGGCAAAGCAUCUGCUACAAAUCGCGGUCAGAGUCUUAAGAGUUUCAUCAAAGAAGGCAAAGAGAGUGCAACUAUUGUUGUGCGCAUUAAAAAUCAGGGAGAUGGUGCCUAUAUGCCGGAUGAUUAUGGAAAAUCCAUUGUUAUUGAACGCCAUUUCACAAAAACUGGAACGAGUUGCUUCAAAAUCAAGGCAGAGAAUGGACGUCUAGUUUCCACCAAAAAAACCGAACUGGAUGCUAUUAUUGACUUUUUCACAUUACAAUUUGACAACCCGAUGAAUGUUCUCUCACAAGACAUGGCCCGCCAAUUUUUGAGCAGCUCAAGUCCUGCUGAGAAAUACAAGUUCUUUGUGAAGGGUGUUCAGUUGGAGCAACUUGAUCAGGACUACCGACUGAUCGAAGAAUCUGCUGAUCAGAUUGAGGAGAAGCUCAGGGGGCGAGAGCAAGAUAUUAUGACCCUAAACAACCGCAAAGUUGCAGCAAACCAGAAACUGGACAUGUCUGAUCAACACGAAUCCCUAAGGAACAGGGUCAGAAAUGUCCGGAGUCAAAUGGCUUGGGCUCAGGUUGAGGAACAGGAAAGAAUGAGGAGCUCUUUAGAGAUUGAACUAGCCAAAGCCAAUGAGAAGAUUGCAACCGCUGAAGCUGAGCUGGGCAGCUUCGACGCUGCUAUACGAGAAGCUGAGGAGGAAACCGAAGCCAUUGCCGAAUGUGUGAGACAAGUUGCUGCUAGGCUCGAGCAAGCACAAAGUGAGAAGGUGGAUAUUAAAGCUAGGUGGGACGAACAAAUGACUGAACGUCAUGAUUUGCAGGCACAGCAACGUCAGAUACGAGAUUAUCUAAAAGCAGCAGAAGCUAGGAUAAACGAAACGCAACAAAAGAUUGAAGAAGAAAAUCAACGUUUGGCUGACUUAAGCGGAGGAAGCUAUACUAGGAAACAGGAAAAACUCGAGCAAGCGAAAGCAGAAGCUGCACAUGCCAGCACACAGUACGAGGAGCACCAACGCAAUACAGAUCGCCUAUACCGAGAGUUGGAAGUGGCUGGAAAAGAAGUGGAUUCAUUAGUGGCGCCACUUGGCAGAACGAAGACCGAUGUUGAGCAAGCCGAGAAACUUUUACGAAGCCUGAGCAAAGAAGGCGGAUCCAAAACCUCAGGAUUCCACGACAAAAUGCCGGCUCUCCUGAGGGCCGUUCAACAAGAACAGGGCUUCACCGAGAAGCCUGUCGGUCCCAUCGGUCGUCAUGUGACCUUGCUGAAACCAGAAUGGUCAUCUAUUUUGGAGAACUCGUUUGGCACGACGUUGAACAGCUUCAUCGUAACAUCCAAAAGAGACAUGGAAAUUCUUUCUCGUAUUAUGCACAAUGUCAACUGCAUAUGCCCAAUCUUUAUAGGAAACGAUGGGUACAUUGAUACAUCAGAACACGAGCCUGAUCUUAAAUUUGAUACGGCUCUACGGGUGCUUCAGAUUGACAACGAACUCGUCCGUCGACAGUUGAUCAUUAACCAUGGUAUUGAGCAAAUGCUUCUAAUCGAAAAGCUAGAAGAAGCAUCUUCAGUACUCUUUGAUGGACAGAAGCCUAGGAAUGUGAAGCGGUGUUACUGCAUUGACCAAACGGACAGGCGCCGGGGCAUCCAUCUAUCUUACAAUCGUGUGGGAGAGCCAAGCCAGGCGCCGGUUCCUGUAUACAGUGGCAGCCCACGAAUGAAAUCAGAUCUAGCUUCACAAAUCAGGGUUCAACGUGAUGUAGUGGCAGACCUCAGGCAUCAGCUCGGCGAUCAGGAAGAGCAAUUUCGAUCUGCUCGGUCUCGCUUGGAGGGCUGCAAACAAGCUCUUAUGAGGCAUGAAAAGAGUACAAAUGAGUUGCGAAUCGCAUUGCAGAGGAAGGAAGACCAUGUGGAAGAACUCACAGAUGUACUCGACAAAGAACCUGUGGAAGACGAUCAUCUUGAUGUGCUGCGAGCCACGCUCCAGGAGGCUAAGGAAGAGAAACACAUCAACGAAGGGUCUUUGGAAGACAGUAUGGAGGCCAUGGAGGCCAUGAUGAAUGAGCUUAAAGCCAUUAAACAACAACUCGCUUCUAAGGAUGCCGAUAUAGCUGCGUCAACGGAAGAGCUCCGUGUAACUCGAAGUGAGGAACUCAUGGGGCAAGAAAAACGCCGAAAGAUCAUUAAUGAUAAAAACAUUGCGGUUGAACGAAUCGAUGAUAGCAGACGAGAAAAAGAAAGGAUAAAUGAGAAAAGAGAAGAGGUUUCUGCACGUGUUAUCGACUUCAGCGAGAAAGCUAGUCUAGUCUCACCGCGGGUUCCAAUUCCUGAAGGUGAGACUGCUGCUAGUUUGGACAAAAAGCUGGACAGACUUAAUAGGGAUAUUCAACGCUAUAACCAACAAUUGGGCGCAUCUCGGGAUGAGAUCGCCGCUGAAGCCGCCAGAGCAUCCACAGCCUAUGAUCGGGCCCUUAAGCAAGUGGAGGAAUUUAGGUUACUUGCGGAUAUCCUCAUUGAAACACUCAAACAUCGCAAGAAACGUUGGGUAAUUUUCAGAUCUCACAUUUCAUCCCGGGCCAAGGUUGAACCUGAUAUAACAAAAGACAGCACUGGACGGGGUGCAAAGACACUUUCCGGUGGUGAAAAGUCUUUUUCUCAAGUUUGUCUUCUAUUGGCACUUUGGGAGGCUAUGGGAUCUCCUGUCCGCUGCUUGGAUGAAUUCGACGUGUAUAUGGACCACAUCAAUAGGAAGAUGGCAAUUGAUAUGCUUAUGCUGGCCGCUAGGCGGUCAGUAGGUGUGCAAUUUAUACUAAUCACACCUGGCUCAAGGGCGGAGAUUAGUUUAGCUCCUGAUGUCCGUGUGAAGGAGGAAGCAAACUCAGACACAAGGUGGAAGGACCAACUAAAAGCCCCUGCAAAAGAUGCACGGCCACAAACCGAGGACGUGACGGCCACUAAAGGCCUUGAGUUUGAAGAUUUUUAUAUCAAACGCGAACUUAUGAUGGGCAUCUUCGAAGCUGGUUUCGAAAAACCCUCUCCUAUCCAAGAAGAAACAAUACCAGUUGCUCUUACUGGUAGGGAUAUUUUGGCUCGAGCAAAGAAUGGCACCGGAAAGACAGCGGCCUUCGUCAUCCCCACAUUAGAACGCAUAAAUCCUAAAAGCACCAAAACGCAAGCACUGAUCCUUGUCCCAACCAGAGAGCUUGCGCUCCAAACAUCUCAUGUUUGUAAAACUCUCGGGAAACAUCUGGGGAUCAACGUAAUGGUCACCACUGGAGGAACUGGAUUGAUGGAUGACAUUAUCAGGUUGAACGACGCUGUCCAUAUCCUUGUCGGAACUCCAGGCCGUGUUCUAGAUCUGGCUAGCAAGGGCGUUGCUGACCUUUCUGAAUGUCCUACAUUCGUCAUGGAUGAAGCCGACAAAUUACUGUCGCCUGAAUUCACUCCUGUAAUUGAACAGCUAUUGUCAUUUCAUCCUAAAGACCGUCAGGUCAUGCUUUUCAGUGCGACUUUUCCAUUGAUCGUGAAGUCGUUCAAGGAUAAACACAUGCGCAACCCUUACGAGAUCAACCUUAUGGAUGAGCUCACCCUCCGAGGAAUCACUCAGUAUUAUGCUUUUGUGGAAGAAAAGCAGAAAGUCCAUUGCCUUAAUACUCUUUUUUCCAAACUUCAAAUUAAUCAAUCAAUCAUCUUCUGCAAUUCGACAAAUCGCGUUGAACUUCUCGCAAAGAAGAUCACGGAAUUAGGCUAUUCGUGCUUCUACUCACAUGCAAGGAUGCUUCAACAACAUCGGAAUCGAGUCUUCCAUGAUUUCCGGAACGGCGUAUGCCGCAACCUUGUUUGCUCCGAUUUGCUAACUCGAGGUAUUGAUAUUCAAGCGGUGAACGUCGUGAUCAACUUUGACUUUCCCAAGAACGCUGAAACCUACCUCCACCGAAUAGGCCGAUCUGGUCGUUUUGGUCAUCUGGGUCUAGCAAUCAAUCUUAUCAACUGGGAUGAUCGUUUUAAUCUGUAUAAGAUUGAGCAGGAGUUGGGAACCGAAAUACAACCUAUCCCUCAAAAUAUCGACAAGAAGUUAUACGUAUAUGAAUCGCCGGAAACCAUUCCCCGCCCAAUCGCGAAUGCGUCACAAGCACAGCUCGCAACGAGUGGGAACCAAAACCAGAACUUUGGAGAACGCCGCCACAACAAUCACUCGAAUGGGGGACAUUAUCAGUUCAGCCGGGGUCGAGGUUCAUAUCGUGGAGGUCGAGGCCAAGGUCAGCGCCGCAACAUACAGAAUGAUAUGAAUAAAUUUAGUACUUCCCAGAAUCAACAGCAGAGUGGCAAGAGCCAACCUGCGCAGGUGUCGCCAAAUUGA